UGUCGCAGCUAAGCGCUUAGUCUAAUUUGAUUAUGAACUUGUCAGCCUCGGUAGUUGGACGCUCCUGUCCAACAGGCGGCAGUGCUGCAGCGCAGUGCUGCGCUCUGGUAGCCGUGCCGGCAAGAGGAGAACACUUCCUCCAUGCUUUUACGCACAGUCAAGACUUUAAACAGAACAAUUCCAGCUAUCUGCUUUCCCUUCCGCAGGACGGUCCCGGAAGUCUGUGACACGCGCAGCAUGAGUUCCUCGGGCCCCCAUCAUGUGGUGUGGAGCUCCGAGGGGACCGUUGCGUACCUGAGCACGCGGCCCUGGACCCCUGGCACUGUGGUGGUGGAGGCCAGCCCAAGUGGAGCAGAGGGGAGCAGUGUGUUUGAGCUGCCAGAGGAGGUGUACCUGUCCCUGCUCCUGGGGGCCCGAGCAGUGUCCCUGCUCUUGUGUGAGAGGCUGGGGGUCCACAGGUGUGCGCUGGUGUCCAGGCCUCAGCCACACCGCCCUCCACAGGUCCAGGUGCUGCCUCUCCAUGGUCUGGACACAGAGUGGCGCCCCCACCUGGCUGCAGAUGAGGAGUUCAACCCCACUGACCCUGGGUAUUGCACGUCCAAGAGCGCCCCUCGCUGGAGCGAGGAUCGGCUGACUGAGCUCCAGGGCCAGAUCAGGGCCAUGCUGCCAGACCCUCUCUCCCCUCCAGACUUCACCUUCCUGGGGGAGGAUCCCACUCACUCCGGCCUCUUCUCCAGGAUCGUGCGGGGAGAGGAGCUCCAGUGGAGAGUGUGGGAGGACCCUGGGCAUGUGGCCUUCCUCACCCCCUUCCCCAACACUCCCGGGCUGACGGUGGUGGUCCCGCGGAGACCCCUGCCCUCAGACAUCUUUAGCCUGGAGGAGCAGGAUUACGUGUCCCUGGUGAAGGCUGCUCGAAGCGUAGCUCUGCUGCUGCUCAAGAGCCUGGCUGCCUCUGCCGUGGGGAUGAUCUUUGAGGGUUUUGAGAUCGACUAUGCUCAUGCCAAACUGAUGCCGCUCUUUUCAUCAUGUCCGUCCAGAGGGGGGCAGGAUGGGGCUAGAGCAGCCCCCUUCUACAGCACAUAUCCUGGGUUUGUGAGCUCUGAGGACGGCCCUGAGGCCAGCACACACAGCCUCAAAGAGCUCCAUGCUCAGAUCACCUCUUAGACACUUGUCAUUGAUUCUUAUUGUACUGGAUCAUUCUGGAGCUGUCCCUGCGCCUGUUUAUUCAUGUCCAUUGAACUGCCACAGAGCAUGUGGAUAUUUAAUUGACAUUUUAUUGAUUUUUGUUUAAUCGGAUUUUAUGGUGACAUUUUUUAUGAUUCCACAAUUGUGUAACAAAGAUUACAUGGUAUUUGAUUCCACUUGUCAUUACUUUUAUUUGGGCUCAUGCAUUUUGGUUGAGUAGUGCCCUCUUGUGAUGACCGGUAGUGAAAAGAGCCCCUAGUGCUGUGAGCAUGUUGCCAGUUCAUGGGAGACGGGCAGGAGAUGGGUCACUGACUUCAGCUCUGUUGUUAAACAUCAUGUAUUUCUGUAUAAUUAUACAUUAUAUACUGCCCAACUGUACACUUUAUUUAUGUCAUUUGGGACAUUUAAGAGUUAAUAUUUUGUACACUGGAUACGUUAUUACAGAGUAAUGCACUGUUACUUGCUCUCCUUGUAGAGCUGCUCACCGUGUUGAGCUGAGAUAUCAUGACAAUGACAGUCAAAGACAAACACAAAUGAGUUAUACCUGCGACCAAGCUGAACUUUUGCAUAGCCAAGUUAAGUGCGGUUACCAUUGUAAAGAAAAAAAAAGAAAACAAAGCUAAUGUUAUAUGAUUUAUAUUAAAAAGAAAACCUUUUCCAUAUAGUUUUCUCUUGCUGGCUGCACCUGUGUCUCCACCUCCCUCCUGAAGCUGAAUCUUAGUCUGCAUCUUUUACUUUUAGUUAACAUAAUAUUACACUGCCCCAAAUAUUAAAGGAACGCUUUGAAAACACAUCAGAUCUCAAUGUGAAAAAAAUAAAAUCAGAUAUCUCUACAAAUAUGGACAGGGCAAUGUCUUAAGAGCAAAAGGAUGCCACCUCUUUUAAUGGAAAUAAAAUGCAAAUAAAAUAAAUGUAAAUCAAAGUGAAAUAAUGAUGUGGCAGGCUAGUCCAUUUUCAAAAGAAACAGAAAACGCACACUAAAAUUCUUGUAGAGGUCCAAAUGCAAGGAGCAGCCAGACAAGGGUGAAAAAAUGCAUAGCACACUCGGUUGGCUGAUGUCCACAAGCUUUUUUAUUAACAAAAUAAUGUUUUGGCAAAAAAAAAAACUUCAUCAGAUAUUUUUCUUGCUUUGGACCAGAGCACACUAAAUGGUUGUCCGCCCAGGUGCUCAUAUACUCCUUCAAUGAAUGAGAGGUCCCAAAGUGAGGUCACCCAGUGAGUUCAGCUCUACAACAAGAAACAACAGUUCAGAUAUUUACAUAAAAAACAUUCUAUAAAAUACAGAAAUAGUAUAUCACAAAAAAACAUCUUAGAUCAGACUCCACAUUCAGUCUGUGAGGAGCGAGAGUCUUAAGUUGGUGAAUCCAGAAGUUUUUUUGACAGGAGCAUUUCUAGAUUCCCACCUCUAGGGGGCAGCUCCACAUGUUCAUUACCAAUAUAUCUUAAGGAAGAGACAGGAUGGUUAAAAUCAUUAAAAUGAGGUGCCACAGGAUA